UGUUUUACAAAACACUAGCGAACUAAGCAAACAUGUUGAACAAAAUGUUUUAAUGUGCAUAGCAUGUCUUUGAAAACAAUUAAAAAUGUUUGAAACGUAACCUCUUAUACUGCAGUGGUUAUUUUAAAAGAAUUUAUUUAAUUGAAAUCAUUAAAAAAUAAUAAUAAAAAAGGUACAACUGAUCUUCAAAGAAGUAACUGGUAUUACUGAUUUUCCCCCCGAAAAACAGAUGCAUUGCUUCAAGGACAGACUUUAUUAUGAACACAACGACACAAACAGCUCUGAUGAAAGUGACGAAGAUUUAAUCUUGGAAAAAAGUAAGUGUAUAAUGAAAAGUCCACCUUUUGGAGAUUUAACCAAAAAAAAGUUACCAGCAAAUAAAUCAGAGUUGUUAUUAAAAAAUUUUGAAAACCAGUCAUGCUCUAAUUCUCUACGCAAAAACUUUGAACGGAAGUUAUCUCAAAGCAGCCAUAAUUUAUUUGAAACCCCACGCAACUGCACUCAAGACGAUUAUACUUGUAAAACACUUACUCCGGUUAUGAAUAGAAAAAACAAACGAAUUUCUUUUUUUAACUGUAGUAAAGAAAACACUGCCAGUCACGAAACAUCUCCAAAUUUGUCUCGUUCAAGUCCUCGCACCAAUAGAAAAUCAAUUGAUAUUACAUCAUCAAAAGAAUAUAAAGAGAUUUAUGCUAGCAACGUGCGAUUAUACAGUGUCGUUAUUGCAAAACAAAUGGCGUCUCUAGGUCAAGUUGGGCGUGAGAUGAAUGAUUUACGGAGAAGUAAAACAAAAAAAAAAGCUUUAAAUGGAAAUGAAAAUUUCAACGAUAUUAAAAUUCAGAGCAAACCAAAAAGCAAUAAUGGUAAUCACGACAGUAUUUUGAAUUCACGUUCAAAUACAAAUGAUCAUGCCCUUUUCUCAAAUAUGUCGCCUUUAAAUGAAAGCUCUUUAAAAAAUAAUAUCAAAUUUGUGAAGAGCAAAACAGAGUUAAAUGACAUUUUGGUCUCAGAAGAAAAUUUAAAAAAGUCUUCAAAUGAGAUUCAUGUUAGUCAGACGAGUCAUAAUCACUUUGGAAAUAAUAAAAGUAAAAAUGCGCUGCAACCAUCAACCACCAUCAUACAGCCAUUGACCACAAUUAUAGAGCCAUCUACCACUAAUUUAGAAAGUAAAGAAUCACUACAGUCGUCAAGCACCAAAGUGCUUCAGUCAUCAACUACCGCAAUACAGUCAUCAAACACCAAUUUAGAAAAUAAAAAUAAUCGUAAUUGUGGUGACCGGUGUCAUUGUGCGGGAAGUUUUUAUCUCGGCAAAGCAGGACAAAUUUCCUCAUAUAAUCAGGAAAGCACAAUUAGCACCAGUGAAACGUCAAUAUUUAAAUAUGCAGUUGACGGAACAGAAUGUCUGCGGAAAUCUGCAACUGACGGAACGGAAACUCUACGGAAAUCAGCAGCCGAACGAACAGAAUGUCUACGGAAAUGUCUAGAAUCUUUUGACAGCACUAUUCUAAUGGCAAACACAUUUUUAGCAAAAGUAAAGACACAAACCACGCCAGAUGGAGUCAAACCAUGAUAUAUAUAUAUAUAUAUAUAUAUAACCAGUGUUAAUAUUAUAUUGAAACAAAAGUAUUUUAUAAAUAAUAUAUUAUUAAAACAAAA